AUGGACACAUACGCAGUCCCCGUUGACCAUGAGCAUGUCCAGAUCAGACCUGGCCGCAGAACAGGUCUACCCAUCAUGAUCGCAGUUCACUCUACCAUCUUAGGACCGGCAAUUGGCGGUCUCCGCAUCAAGCACUAUGAGAACAUGUCCGACGGGCUGGCUGACGUGCUACGACUUUCUCAAGCCAUGACGCUCAAGGCGGCAGCUAUUGACAACGGAACAGGGGGUGGAAAAGCUGUCGUUCCUUUGCCGACAGAUUUGGUGCUGACGUCGGCACUGAAAGAAGCAAUCCUGUUGGAUGUUGCGGACUUUGUGCAUUCACUUGACGGGACCUACUACGCCGCCCCCGAUGUCGGUACCGGUCCAGCUGAUAUCGAUAUCAUUCACCGUCGCACCCCGUACGUUGGCGGGUACUCCAAGGAGGCAGGGGGUGCGGGAGGCACCACCUUUGGUACCUUUGUUGGUGUCGACCAGGCCAUUCGUUCCGCCAUCAAAAUUGUCUUUGGCCGCGAUACUGUGUCAGGGCUCUCUAUCGUCAUCAUCGGUCUAGGAGGUAUCGGCACCCUGCUAGCAGAAAUCUUUGCCAAAGAGGGCGCCGAGCUUUCUGUUACCGACAUCAACCCUGAGCGGAAGGACCUGGCCGAUAAACUUGGUGCAAGAUGGAUGAGCCCAGAAGAGACUUUGGUCAGCCAAUGCGACAUCUUCGUACCAUGCGCACUCGGAGGGAUUCUCAACAAGGAAUCCGUGGGCGAUAUCAAGGCGCGGCUCAUCUGUGGCGCUGCAAACAACCAGCUGGCAUCCGAUGACAUUGCCGCAGAGCUCACGCGUCGAGGCAUCGUGUAUGUUCCAGAUUUCAUUGCCAAUACUGGUGGGCUGAUGUACGCUACUGCGGUCGAAUUGCGCCACUACUCUGAGGCUGCGGCAGCGGAACAUACGAAAAGCUCCAUCGAUAGGAACGUGAGGGAGUUGUUAGAGAGAGCAGAGAAGUUGGGGAUGACCACGAACGCUGCGGCUAUAGAGAUUGCCGAGAAUCGAUUGAGGGCUGCUGCUUUGCGGUGA